CACAGGGCGCAGGGCAUGGGCCGGGGCUCCAGGGCUGACGCCACGCCUCUCCCCAGGUUCUACUGGGACUUCACCAUGCUGCUGUUCAUGGUGGGCAACCUCAUCAUCAUCCCGGUGGGCAUCACCUUCUUCAAGGACGAGACCACGGCCCCGUGGAUCGUGUUCAACGUGGUCUCGGACACGUUCUUCCUCAUGGACCUGGUGCUGAACUUCCGCACGGGCAUCGUGAUCGAGGACAACACGGAGAUCAUCCUGGACCCUGAGAAGAUCAAGAAGAAGUACCUGCGCACGUGGUUCGUGGUGGACUUUGUGUCCUCCAUCCCCGUGGACUAUAUCUUCCUCAUCGUGGAGAAAGGCAUCGACUCCGAGGUCUACAAGACGGCGCGCGCCCUGCGCAUCGUGCGCUUCACCAAAAUCCUCAGCCUGCUGCGGCUGCUGCGCCUGUCGCGACUCAUCCGCUACAUCCACCAGUGGGAGGAGAUUUUCCACAUGACCUACGACCUGGCGAGCGCGGUCAUGCGCAUCUGCAACCUCAUCAGCAUGAUGCUGCUGCUGUGCCACUGGGACGGCUGCCUGCAGUUCCUGGUGCCCAUGCUGCAGGACUUCCCCCGCAACUGCUGGGUGUCAAUCAACGGCAUGGUGAAUCACUCGUGGAGCGAGCUCUACUCCUUUGCGCUCUUCAAGGCCAUGAGCCACAUGCUCUGCAUUGGGUACGGCCGGCAGGCACCGGAGAGCAUGACGGACAUCUGGCUGACGAUGCUGAGUAUGAUCGUGGGUGCCACCUGCUACGCUAUGUUCAUCGGACACGCCACAGCCCUCAUCCAGUCACUGGACUCCUCGAGGCGCCAGUACCAGGAGAAGUACAAGCAGGUGGAGCAGUACAUGUCCUUCCACAAGCUGCCUGCCGACUUCCGACAGAAAAUCCACGACUACUAUGAGCACCGCUACCAGGGCAAGAUGUUCGACGAGGACAGCAUCCUGGGAGAGCUCAACGGGCCCCUGAGAGAGGAGAUUGUGAACUUCAACUGCCGGAAGCUGGUGGCCUCGAUGCCACUGUUUGCCAAUGCUGACCCCAACUUUGUCACAGCCAUGCUGACCAAACUCAAGUUCGAGGUCUUCCAGCCAGGUGACUACAUCAUCCGUGAAGGCACCAUUGGCAAGAAGAUGUACUUCAUACAGCAUGGCGUGGUCAGUGUGCUCACCAAGGGCAACAAGGAGAUGAAGCUGUCCGAUGGAUCCUAUUUCGGGGAGAUCUGCCUGCUAACGCGCGGCCGGCGCACAGCAAGCGUGCGAGCUGACACCUACUGCCGCCUCUACUCACUGAGUGUGGACAACUUCAACGAGGUGCUGGAGGAGUACCCCAUGAUGCGGCGGGCUUUCGAGACCGUUGCCAUUGACCGCCUGGACCGCAUCGGCAAGAAGAACUCGAUCCUGCUGCACAAGGUACAACACGACCUCAACUCAGGCGUGUUCAACAACCAGGAGAACGCCAUCAUCCAGGAGAUCGUCAAGUAUGAUCGGGAGAUGGUGCAGCAGGCUGAGCUGGGCCAGCGUGUGGGCCUCUUCCCGCCGCCUCCACCGCCGCAGGUCACCUCGGCCAUUGCCACGCUGCAGCAGGCCGUGGCCAUGAGGAGGGAGCCACCCCAUGGCCGAAAGGAGAUAGCUGUGGACUUCCGCCCACCCCCACCCUCGUAG